GGGGUGCUGAACAGUCGCGUAUGAUGCGGAUUUCGUGGCGAGCAUUUGCUACGAUCCAACGCAGGACGCUAUUCGCAGAAAACAAGAUGACAAAAGCAAACCUCGUGAGCUCCGUCGCCAAGAGUGCCAGCUUGCGAUCCGCUUCGCCGGCGAAUCCACAGCCCCCCAAGCAAAGUAAAGGAACUGUACCUGCAAUACAUGCCGUAGUGGAAACCGAAGCUGAAGCCAUCGAAGAGCCACUAAUCCAAGCAUCAGCUCCAUCGAGUAGCAGUGACACACCACCUGCUAGCAUUCACGAGCCAACCCUCAUAGAUGAAGAAGUUACUGCACAAGAUGUCCGAGAAGCCUGCGUAGCAAAGCGCACGCAGUUGGCUUACGCGGUCAGCCUUCGCGUCAUUUCGCGAUGGAUUGGGAGCACCAAGAAGAACGACUCAUCGAACUACUUUGAUGGAGCUGGUCAAAUUGACCUCAGACGUUUUACUGCAGCGGAUUUCGAGGCUUUUCUUCUUGAAAAGAGGAAAAAAGUUGGGGUGAGUACGCUGAAUGGCUUUCGAAGUGCAAUAAAAGACUUGUAUCGGUGAAAAGAGGUUGCACUCCGGUAAGAAUCCGCUUCCUUACUCGCUUUACCAACAGCUUUGCAAAGAUACAUUAAGCCGUCAAGACGGUGGAUUUGCACACUUCUUCCUGACAACCCAGUGGAAUCUCAAGUGUAGGAUCUGAAUCUGUUCAGACGCUGUGUACAGAACACUUUAGUGCUCACGAUGAUAGCGUUGGUUGCAUCAUACACAAAUCCAAGACGAACCAAUAAGGUAGUGGGCCUAAAGAUCCUCGCCAUCUAUAUGCGAACCCACUGAACCCCACUGUAUGCUGGAUUACAGCGCUCGCAAUUUAUCUGGCAUACCGACAAACACAGAAAGCAGGCCCACUAUUUCCUGGAUCUCAACAAAAAUCACGUUUUGGCACAGCGCUAAGGAAACGAAUAGGUGAACAACCUGGGCUCAAUCACUAUGGAACUCAUUCAAUUCGCAAAGGCGUCGCAACUUUUACGUGCGGUGGAACAACUGGUGGUCCCUCUAUCGCAAGUGUGUGCUUGCGAGUAGGUAGGUCAUUAGGUGGAGUCCAAGAUCGUUAUAUACGAUACAAAUCGACCGGAGACCAAUAUCUGGGCCGUGUUGUUGCUGGGCUCCCUCCAAUUCGGGCAGCGUUUGCGGUACUACCGCCACAUUUUCAGGAUAUACGUGAUGCUGACGUUCAAGAUUGCGUUGAUGAGAUGUUUUCCGCCCUCAAAGAAAGUAGCUCGAUGCAAGACAUCCUAAAAUUGUGCGUUGCUUCUCUUGUUCAGCAUGAACACUAUCUAAGAGAGACGCUCCCGGCGACACACUCGCUCCUUUCAACUUAUUUGGUUCGGCAUGAUGAUAUUAUGAACAAGCUGCGGUCGGCCCUGGCUUCCAAUCCAUCACCAUGGAUGAAGCCAACUGGAAUUUCCCCUCACAUCGAGCUAUAUACUCAACGGCAGAUCAUGUAAAACUCAAUUGACAAUCUGCCACCAGU